CGGUGGCUCAGAGGCCAGGCGCAGAUCUGACCCGGCGGGGGAGAGGCUCGAACGCGGGCGCAGAGGGAGGCCGGCAUGGCGGGAGGUGGCGGAGCCCUUUCCCCGCUGCUGCACCUGGCAUAACUCAAGGGCGGCGCUGGAUCUUGCGGAAUCCACGCCGCAGCUCCCGACUGGACAGCAGUCACCGCCUCCACCGCCUGAUAUCAAGCGGCUCCUCUCGGCACAGGGACCCUCCUCGCAUCUGGCCAUGGCCGGGGAUUCUCCGCAUCCCGCCUGCCCGCAGCUCCUGGCGCUAGCCUGACUGCUCCUGAGUUGUCGCGCACUGCGGGGAGAGGUACUCUUCCAUGGGAGCGACCCCCACCAGUCGCUCCACCUGCCCCCCUGCGGAGCACUUGACGACAGCGGUCCCGCGGGUCCUGGCGUCCUGAUCGCCAACCCCGGGCUCCGGGUGACCCCGGGCCGCUCGCUUUGGCUAGACCCGCUCCGGGACCUGGUGAUUCGCGUGCAGCCCGGAGACCGGCGUGAGGUGACUGUGCUGGACGUCCAGCCCCUGCACCAGGCCGCGCUCUCCCCUUGCCGCCUGCCCUGCACUUUCGGGGCGCACCAGGUCCGCUACACCCACUUCGGCUCGCGAAGCCCCAGGCGCUCCAGGGUGCGGCUCCAGCUGCGAUAGGAAGCCCCGGCCUACACGCGGGUGCUGCCCUUCGCCCUGGUGGUGAAGGCAGUCUUGUCCCCGCUGGAGCUGGUGACGCGCCGCAGCGUUUGUGCUAAGGUGCGGGGUUGGAGCCAGGCAGUCGACAGGAGCGUGUUGGGUUUUCCUGCCCCAGAGACUGGGCUCAUGGCCACCCGCACGUGCCGGCUCACCCCACUUCCUCUCGAGGGCGCCCCCCUGCCCAAGUUCUGGCACCUGGUGGACGCCUUGGGGACCCCUGUCCCCAGGGCCAAGCCGGUGGCCUGUGAGGCUUUUAUCUGGGCUGGCGUGCGAUACCAACACACCGCAGCCACCUCCUCGUCCAGUAGGGACUAUGUGCCCAUGUUGGUGGAGCUGCUCCUGCCACCGGUGUCAGUGAAGGUGCUGGCCCUGGAGUACUUCCAGCUGCUCAUAAGGAUCGGGAAAGGAGCCCCCAACACGGUGCCCAGGCCCAGCCUCGAGGCGUUGAGGAUGCUGGAGGUCGAUCAGUUUUUGCUAACUGCCUUGACCCCUGACGCACUGGCUGAUGAGUCGGGCCCUGAGGAGCUGGUGUUCAGCAUUCUUAAUGGACCCGCAGCCCCACCAGGACACCAGAGUCAGCAGGGCUAUGUGAUCAGCACUGAUGAUCCCCUGGGCCCUCCAGUCUCCUUCUUCACGCAAAGAGAGCUUCGGGAGCUCAGAAUUGCUUAUCGGCCUCCCGCGGAGAGUUCCCUGGGAGAACUCGUCUUCCAGCUGGAGCUGGAGGUGAUGGACGGCGCCACCUCAGAUCCUUUCUCCUUCAAGGUAGUAGUGAAGCCCUAGAAUACUCUGGCUCUGGUGGCUAGCUCUUACAUAGGACUACUGCUUUUUGAAGGUCAAUCCAAGGCUCUGUCCAGUGCCCAUAACCUUCCAAUCAGUGACAAAGAUAGUCUGGAGGAGGUGAAAAUGGUUGCAGUCGGGGGCUUGAGACAUGGGCAGCUGGUGGUUCUUGGGGCACCUACUGGUUGCCAGUAUUUCACUGCUGCAGACCUGGCAGCAGGGCGAGUGGUGUACUAGCAUGAUGGCAGUGACACCAACAAUGACAACAUCGUCUUUCAGAUGGAGGAUGGGCACCACUAUGUAGAUUACCUCCUCCCCGUCACCACUGAACCUGUGGAUGAUGAACCCCCCGUAGUCAUUGUCAACACAGGGCUUUCACUGACCCAAGGGCAGGUGGCCCAGAUCUCCCCCUUUGUCCUGAGUGCUACAGAUAACAAUUCUGACUACUCAGCCAUCCACUUUGUGCUAGAGGAUCAAUUCCUAGACGGAAAUGAGGGAGAGUGGCAUCUGGCCUCUGGUUCCUGCCACUCAGGCCAGCACCUGGGAGACAUUCUGCUGAGGCAGGCUGAACCACCCCUGUCCCCUCUAAAUAGUGACUGGCAUUAUGUGGAAAAGAUACUCUAUGAGAUGGUGGUGACUGAGUGGCUGCAGAGAGACAUCAUGGAAGGAAGACUCUUCUACCUCCAUCUUGGCCCACACAGCCCUCAGUUUGUGGUGGCCCACCUGUCCUUCCAUGUGGAGGAUGACCAUGAUGCACCCAAUCUAUCCAACCAGCACUACUUCACCAUCCAGGUCCAGCCAGCGGAUAUGCUGAGUCCAGAGCUGGAUCAUGGAACUACUCUACAAAUGACUGUGCAUGAGUACCAGCUCACUCACUUCCAGAAGAAAUUCCUCCAAUAUGUUGACCAGGACUCAGAUGACCAGAACCUGUGGUACACCUUACUGACACCCCCGAUGGACACACAUAGCAACCACCAAGUCCAGGCUGGAGAAAUUGUGCUCACUGAUUCACCAGACCUACCCAUCAUGCACUUCACCCAGGCCCAGGUAAAUCACCACAAGAUUGCUUACCAGCCCCCACACAAGAAGCUGGGUAUUAUACCUUGGGUUGUAUAGUUCACCUACCAGGUGCAAGAUGCUAUAGGCAAUAGUGCAGUAGGCAAGUUCACAGUAUUCCUGCAGCCUGUGGAUAACCAGCCUCCAAAAGUCAUCAACAACGGCUUCACCAUCUCAGAGGGAGACAACUUUAUCCUCAGUACUAAUGAGCUAGAUGUUAUAGACCCUGACACAGACACUGACCAAAUUGUCUUCAUAUUAAUCUGGGGUCCCCAACAUGGUUACUUGCAAUACUUUAAAAAGUGUAUGAUUCCAGGGGAAUCUUUCACAUGACCGGAUAUUAUUAAUGGGAGUCUCUCUUACCAGCACAACAAAGACUGGGCUACCAGUGAAAUCUUCCACCUGGAGGUAAGUGACAGGAUGCACCAUAUACCCAUCACUGUGAAGAUUUCUGUGCAUCCCACUAUGGCUGACAAAAGUCCCAAGAUCUCUACCACAGAUAGUCCAUCACUGGACAUUUCCAUAGAUAUACUAGAGAAUAGAGCCACUGAAUUCACCAUAGGUGCUACUUAUGGCAGAAAGGACAUAAAUGGUUUGAUGCUGUCUUACAUUGUGGAAAAGAGCCCCAAACUUGGCACUAUUCUGGUGAAUGAUUUGCCCAAAGAAAGAUUCACCCAAGAAGAUCUCAACAGUGGGGCAGUAACCCAUGUCUACACUGGAGGUGAAGUUGGUUUCCACAAGCAGCGUGAUGCUCUCAGCCUCAUCCUGUCUGAGGAUUCUUAUCACUGGGUAACAGCAGACAGUGAAACGAAGAAGGUUCAGGUGCAAAUGACUAUGCUGCUGGUGGACAAUGCCACUCGCAAGGUCUUAAUGGGAGAGUCCUUCGCUGUCUACCAAGGUGAAAAGAGCCCCUUGACCUUACAGCACGAUGCAGACACUCCUAAUGAUGAAAUCCUAUGCACAGUGACUGGGCAGCCAGCCUCUGGCUACCUGGAGAACAUUGCACCAGCUCCUGGUUGAGAAGUAUCUCAGGCUGAUAAAGCCAUCAGUUCCUUCUACAUCAAGGAUAUCUGAGAGGGACAUAUCAAUUACGUACAGAGUAUCCACAAGCAGGUAGAACCACAAGCAGAUCCAUUCACAUUCCAUUGCUCUGAUGGCAUCAAUUUCUCCCCAAAUGUCUUCCUCCCUAUCAUCAUCUUACCUACCAAUGAUGAGAAGCCUGAGCUUUUUGUCCAUGAGUUUCUGGUAUUAGAAGGGAUGAGCCUGGUCAUAGAUACCCCACUGCUCAAUGGAGCAGAUGCUGACCUGCCACCAAACCAAGUUCACUUUCAGCUCACAGCCCUCCCUCGCCAUGGACAAAUCAUACAGCAGCUGACCACAGGUGACCAGCCUGUCCACAGUUUUACCUUACAGGAGAUCCAGGAGGCAUCCACCAUUGUGUAUGAGCAUGAUGACUCGACCACUGAGGACAGUUUUGAGGUCUGGCUGAGCGACAACAAGCACACGGCCCACUCAAAGGUACAGAUGGUGGUGAUCCCAGUGAAUGAUCAAACCCCUCAGCUGACCAUCAACACUGGGCUAGAAAUAGCAACUGGACACUCUAAAGUUAUCACAAAUUGGGUUCUCAAGGCUACAGAUCUUGACUCAGAUGAUAAGAGCCUCAGUUUUGUGGUCUAUUCUGGGCCUCAAUAAGGGCUUCUACAGCGACUGAGAAAACCUGGUGGAGAAGUGAGGAACAGUCUCACUUCGGGAAUGAAUUUUACCCAGGAUGAAAUUGACAGAGGCCUCAUCUGUUAUACCCUUACAGGCCAAGAAGGAGUUGUCGAUCAUAUCAAGUUUGAUGUAACUGAUGGGGUCAAUCCUAUGACAGAGCAAUAUUUCUAUAUCGCUAUUGGCAGCUUAAACAGGGUCUUUCUUGGAGUAGUCAGCAAAAGGAUCACCUUGAUGGAAGGGGACAAAGUGACCACCAAUGAACGGCUUAACACAAGUGACAUCCACAGCCCUAGUGAACAACUUCACCUCAGCAUUACCCAGGCUCCUGACCUGGGCCACUUGGAAUGUUCCGACCAGCCUGGGGAGUCUAUUGCCUCUUUCACUGAGCAUCAAUUGGCUAGCAAGAAAAUAUACUAUGUACAUAUUUCAAAGGAUGAGAUAAGGAGGGAUAAGUUUGAGCUCAGAGUGUCUGGUGGUCAUGGCUCUGUUUUUAGGACCUUCAGGAUCUUCAUAAGGGAUGUAGACAACAGGAAACCUAUCUUGACCCUCCAUAAACUAACACUGCAGAGAGGGGACAGCAAACUGUCUUUUGAGUUGACAGUGAAAGACAAGGAUAUGCCAGAUGAUUUUAUUCUCUUUACAAUCACUGAGGUCCCUGUCCAUGGUAGGAUUUCAUAUAAUAAUAGCCAUUCUGUGACAACUUUCACCAAGAAAGACCUGGAUGAACACCUGAUUAGCUACUGGCAUGAUGGCAGUGGGAGCACUGAAGACAGUUUCUCCUUGACAGUGACAGGUGACAUGGACAAUAAUUUCUAUGUCUUCCUGGACACUGCCCUGGAGACACACACACCUCAGGUAAUGAGGAUCCAGAUAACCUCUGCUGACAACAAGGUUCCCCACAUUGCCAUUAACAGGGGUGCCCCAACCCUGCAGCACCUUCACAAUGGACUCGUGGGCUUCCUCAUCACCAGUAAGUCUCUGAAGGCAGAAGAUGAAGACAGUCCUCCCAGGCUCCUGAAGUACAAAGUGACCAAGGGACCAGAGCAGGGCUUCAUUGUCAACACUGGCCUCGAAGAGGAGCGCACUCAUGUGUUUACACAAGCUGACAUUGAUGAAAUGCAGAUCUGCUAUGUCUUGAAGCAGGGCAGCAAUGCAACAAGGGAUGUCUUCUAUUUCUCUGUGGAAGACAGUGGUAAAAAUAAAUUAACAAAUCAGCCUUUCCUUCUAAACUGGGCUUGGAUUUCCUUGGGGAGAGAAUACUACAUUGUGGAUGAAGACUCCAUGUUCUUAGAAGUGAUACUAAUGCGUAGAAGACACCUUGGGAAAACAUUCUUCGUCACCAUUGGAACCAAAGAUGAAACUAAAAAAAAAGAUAAAGAUUUUAAAGGAAGAGCCUUUCAAAGGAUCAGAUUCAGCCCUGGACAGACCACAGCCAUGUGGAAGGUGAGAAUCAUACACGACGAUGAGUACGAAGUCUCAGAAACUUUCCAGAUCAUUCUAUCAGAACCUGGCAUGGUUGCACUGGAGUUUCCCGAAACGGCAACUGUUGAAAUUGUGGACCCUGGAGAUGAGUCAACAGUUUAUAUUCCAGAAGCAGAGCACAAAAUAGAAGAAGAUGUUGGGGAGCUUUUGAUUCCUGUAAGAUGGUCUGGUGAUCCAAGCCAGGAACUAACAGUCAUUUGCUCAACGCAUCAAGGUUCUUCCACAGGCUCCAUUCCUUCCAUAGUGGCAUCUGACUAUGUCUCAGGACCAGCAGACCACAGCAGCAUCCUGCACUUUGACAGGGAUGAAACUGAGAAGACCUGCCAGGUCCUCAUCAUCGAUGAUUCUUUUGAUGAAGAGGAGGAAUCCUUUCAUGUUUGCCUGAGCCUACCAGUGGGAGGACAGCUGGGAGCCAAAUUCCCCACCACCCAGGUGAUUAUCCUGGCUGAUCAUGAGGAUGACUCCAAAAUACAUGACACUGAGAGUUCUGAGUACAAAAGAGAAUGCUGCAGAAUUGGUGAGAUCUUCCCAUUUUUCUCUGGAAAAGUAAAUUUACAGCAGUGAAUCCUAGUCUCAUGAGUGUAUUCUCACUCCCUGCCAGCUGGAAGAGAUUACGUUGGCAUCAGUCAAAAUCUGGACUUUGCCCCAGGAAUGAACAUGCAGACGUUCUGAGUGAUGAUCCUUGAAGACCAGGGACAUCCCACCCUGGAGGGCCCAGAGAGGUUUGAAUUACUUCUCCGGGUGCCUGGAGGUGCAGUGCUUCAAGAACCAAGUAGAAUGACUGGACCGUGAUUAUAAAGGAGAGCACUGCUGACUUGAAAGGAGAGUGCUUGCAGUUCCUUGGAGUGAAAGAUUUAAGAGAGAAAUGAGCAGCCAAAAUGUAGCUCCUAACUACCAUUCCUGGAGCUCAGCAACUCUAGGAAGGUAAUGAAAGUGUUACAUUCUGCUGAUAUGUGCCAACAUCAUCUGUGACUGCAUGGAUAUAGAGAUUCACAUGUAUGCAAUGACAGGACUGAGCCUAUAAAAAAUGAAACCAUGCUCCUAUUAUCCUUUUUCUAUUUUCUUUUACUUUGUUUCUAAGACCAGUGAAACCUGCUGUCAUCAAUUCAACCAAUCACUGAAAGUAAAAGUGAUGGCUUUCUCUUCACUGAUUCACGCUAGACACCAAGCUCCUUACUGCAAACAUGAGCACACAGACAGGCACUGAUUCUGUUUUGGUUUUUUGGGUCAUUUAGUGAGGCUUCCCUUACCGAAAUUUGCAGAAAAUCCCAUGCUCCAUUUUGCCAAUUUUUGAUUUCCUUCCACAAACUUUUUGUCCCUUUUUUGUUGCUGCAUCCUUUUGUAAAAAGCAUAAUAAACACUAAAGUGAUAAAAUGCAAGUCGCAGAAAGAAAAGUUGAAGAUGUUCAUAGUUCCCAAUGUGCUCAGUUAGU